UGGGCGCCACGCUCACGCUACAUAUCCGGGCGAGCCGAGCUAGCUAGCUAGGCGCACGCCACUCUCAGUCCACACUCCCCUCACGCUCCGCACAAUGCGGUGCCUGCGCCUCGCCGUCGCCCUGCUCUUGCUCGUCGCGCUGCCCCUCGCGGCCGCCGCGGGGGCCAAGGCCAAGGCGCCGGCCGCGCCGCCGAACGCCACGGUGGCGAUGGCCAAGGGCGGGUGCAAGGCCUUCGCGGCCCUGAUCGCGGCCUCGCCCGACGCGGCGUCCACCUACGACGCGGCCGCGAGCGGCGGCAUGACGGUCUUCUGCCCCUCCGACGACGCCGUGGCGUCCUUCAUGCCCCGCUACAAGAACCUCACCGCCGACGGCAAGGCGUCGCUGCUGCUCUUCCACGCCGUCCCCGUCUACUACUCGCCGGGGAGCCUCAAGGCCAAUAACGGCGUCAUGAACACGCUCGCCACCGACGGCUCCGCCCGCAACUACAACUUCACGCUGCAGAACGAGGGCAACGUCGUCACCAUCAAGACGGGCGCCUCCGGGGCCGUCGCGCGGGUCAGGUCCACGCUGCUCGACACGGACCCCGUGGCCGUCUACGCCGUCGACAGGGUGUUCCAGCCCGUCGAGCUGUUCAAGCCCGCGCCGUCCCCGACCCCCGCGCCCGCGCCCGCCCCGGCGGCCGACGCGCCCAAGGCCGGCAAGGGCGGCGCCGCGCGCCACCGCUCGCCCCCCGCCGUCGCGGACGCACCCGGGCCCGAGGCCGACGACACCGCCCCGGCGGACCAGAAGAAGGACUCCAAGAAGAGCGCGGCCGCCGGCGCGCCGCGCGUCCGGUGGCUCGCCGCGGCGCUGGCGGCCGUGGCCGUGGCCUCCACGCUGGCUUAGGGUAUUUUAUUUUCCUCCCUGGUGUCUGAUCCAUUGGCGUGAUCGAUCGUGCUGCGACGGCGUGUUCCUGUAGUGCUUCUUUCGCGGAAGACAUAGUUGUGUGCUCGAUUUUCAUCUGCUUUCUUCUUCUCUUUAGAUGUUCUUCUCUGUUUGUUGCUGCCAUGAUUCUGCUCGUGCUACAUGAGAGGUUCCAUGGCAUCUUGAGCUCACCGGACAUUGAUGUUCUUUUGGUCGAUCCGGCGACCGGUGAGUGAAACCUUGGAGCGAAGUUGCUCCGUGCCAUGUUAACGGGCGCAUUUUGCGAAUUCUCGUCAACAUGUUUUGAGAUACUCCUAGUCCUACAGAGUCAAUUUCUGGCUCAAAUUUUC